GCUCUACAGCUCCACACAUGGCUCCUACAAUCACUGCAGCAAUGGGCCCCUCUCAGGACCACCUCAGCGUCUCUCACAAGCUGAGAAAGCCUGUGGUGGAGAAGCUGCGCAGAGAGAGGAUCAACAGCAGCAUUGAGCAGCUCAAGUCUCUCCUGUGUGCAGAGUUCCUCCAACAGCAGCCAGACUCCAAGCUGGAGAAAGCAGACGUCCUGGAGAUGACCGUCACUGUGCUCACACGUCUGCAACAGCACAACAACACACACUUCAUGUCCCAGAGCCACAUGAAGAGCCCUCAGCAGAGCCACAGGGAGGCGCUCUUCUGUCUACAGAGCAGCACCAGCAAAGACAAGAGAGCAGAGAGCAGCGCCCCCUGGAGGCCCUGGUGA